AACUACUCAGUGAUUUUCAUGCACAACCAAGAUUGAAAAACAGUCAUUCAAGACUUAACUAUGACAUCAAAAACUUCCAAACCUCUUGAGAAACCAUAGACCAUAUGGUGGGAGAAGAGGAAUUGAGUAGCUUGAACAGAAAGUUGAUUUACAUCACUUGACAAAGGUUCCUACUAUUUAGGCCUCAUGGAGCCAGAAGUCCUAGAAAUAUGUCCUUAUGACCCAAACCACAGGAUGCCAGCCAGCAGGUUACAGUACCACCUGGCAUCAUGUAGAAAGAAAAAUCUGAAGAUAGCUAAAAAGAUGGCUAAUUGCAAAUAUAAUGCUUGCCAUGUGGUCCCAGUCAAAAGGCUCAAGGAACAUGAGGCUAACUGUGUCAAUAGAACUGCUGUAGAUGAUGAGCCAUUUAAUCUUCCAAAGGUUAUUUCUCCGAGUUUGGAGCCAAAUGAAAAACUUUCUAAUACUGCCAAUCAGAUUCUAGACCCUGAUGUCUGGAACAUAGAUAACACAUAUCAUUCUCCUUUAUUUGUUCUUAAGACAUUUGCUCCAAAAAUGCUGGUUUGUGAAAGUGACUCAGGAGACAUAAAAAAAGAGACUAUGGAUGAAAAACAUCCUAACAACUAUAAGUCCUGGAGAAAAGGUCAGAAAAACUGAUGGAGAAGCUGUGGAUUAAAGAGCCAGCAGACAGAAAAUGUAUUGUCCUUUUUCAAACUUUGGGGGAAUCUUAACUGUCAAGUUUUAGAUAACAACUCCAGUCAUUGUUGGCAUCUUAAUAUGUUUUUAUUUAUUUAAAUAAAGAAUAUCCUUCCUGUGACCAGC